AUGAGUUUCUUUCCUUUGGAAAAAUCUUUGGAAAUCACUCCUGAGACUAGGCCACUCACUCAGACAGGAACCAUCCAGGUUUUCCUUCAACUUGUGGAGCAAACCCUAUUUGUUCAAGGUUUUGAACCUCAUGAAUAUCAAGAUAGACCUCCAACUUUAUUAAGAGGUUGUCUUAUACUAAGAGUAUUAAAAAAUUCCAAAAUCAAGAAUAUAUCAUUAAAUUUUAAAGGUGUUUCCAAAACUGAAUGGCCUGAAGGUAUCCCACCUAAAAGAACUGAAUAUUUUGAAGAAAACGAUUUGCUUAAUCAUACAUGGCCUUUUUUCAAUAUAAAUACUUCAACAACAUGUUCAAGUGGUGCUGAUAUUGUUAGAUUAAAUGAUCAUAAUGGUGGUUCUUCUAAUUCAUUAGAUGAUAUUACAAAUGCUUUGGAUUCAAGUUCAAUAAAAUCUGGUGGUUCAAAUGCUUUAAGUAUUAUUAAAAGAGCAACUUCUCCAUCACCAAGUGGGAAUAGACAUCGUUCAAGUUCUUUAUUAGCUUCAUUAAAAUCAAGUGCUACUGGGAAUUCAACUGAUUCAAACAUUUUACAUAAUUUACAACAUCAACAAACAAAUAAUAAUGGUGAGUUUACUUUCGCUCCAGGUGAUUAUAUUUAUAAUUUUGAACAAGCUAUACCAAGUUCAACACCUGAAACUAUUGAUGCUACUUUUGGUUCAGUUUCUUAUUCAUUAUCUGUCCUUAUUGAAAGAUCUGGUGCUUUUAAAUCAAAUAUUUCAACAACAUUACCAAUUAAAAUCAUUAGAGCUCAAUCUGAAGAAAGUGUUGAAGAUUCAGAACCUAUUGCUAUAAGUAGAGAUUGGGAAGAUCAAUUACAUUAUGAUAUUGUUAUUGCAACAAAAGCUAUCAUAUUAAAUGCUUAUUUACCAAUUGCUUUUAAAUUAGUUCCAUUGGAUAAAAUCAAAUUACAUCGUAUAAGAAUUUAUUUAACUGAAAAUUUAGAAUAUUAUUGUCGAAAUAAAAAAGUUCAUAGAAUGGAACCAAUCAAAAAAUAUUUAUUAUUAGAACAUAAAGCUCCUCCACCACCUGAUUUACCACCAAAUGCUGAUGCAAAAGCUAAAAAAAUGGGAAAUUUAUUAACUUCUGAUGGUUAUGAUAUAACGGCAAAAGAAUUUGAAUUUCAAGUUUAUGUACCACAAAAAUUAAAUAAUCGUCAAAAUUUACAUCCAAAUACUUCAUAUAUAAAUAUAAAAUCUCAUCAUUGGAUUAAAAUUUGUUUAAGAUUAUCAAGAUUAAUUGAUGGGAAACCAAAACAUUAUGAAAUUAGUAUAGAUUCUCCUAUUCAUGUUUUAGACCCAUUAUGUUCACAUGCAAAUACUUUAUUACCAGCUUAUGGUGAUCCAAAUUCAAGUUCUACAACAAGUGAUGGAUUAACUCAAAUUCAUGACUCAAAUAUUUAUUUCCCAAGAGAAGUUUUAUCUCCACCAAAUUCUCCAGAUGUUGAACCAGUUGAUUAUAAUAAUUCAAGUUAUCAAAAUAUUUAUAAUACUUUAAAUCCAAAUGGUACACCUCCACAUCGUGGUAGUGGUGGAAGUGGUGAUGGUAGUAGUAGAAGAGGAAGUGUUGCAACAUUGGGUGUUAAUGAUGGUAAUAAUAAUAGAGCUCGUUCAAGAUCAGUAUCAACCUUGGGUAAUAGAUCUUUACCAAAUUUUGAAUCAACAUUAAAUGCAAAUGUUUAUAAACCAGAUUCUUUAGAAUUAGAAUUAACUUCUCCACAAGCUCAACCUGCAACUUCACCAAGUUUUUCACCACAACAAAGACCUAUUCAUUUAAUUAGAAGACCAAGUUUUGAACCUCCUCCAUUUGAAGCUGAUAUAAGCCCCCCACCAAUGAGAGACUUAUUGACUGAAGGUAUUCAAGGUUUAGAUUCUGCUGUUUUAGAUAGUGCACCAAAAGAUCCACCAACUUAUGAUGAUUUCUUAAUUGAAGAAAAGGCUAAAUCGCCUGCACCUCCAACAUUAAGUGAAAGAGGUGGUCCAAAAGAUACAACAAUUAAAUUUGAUAAAGAUUCAAAUACACCAAUUAAAUCACCAUCAAACGUUAAAACUGGUAAUGCAACUGCUCAACCACCUCAUUUAACAUUUACAAAUUCAACUCCAUCACCACCAUUGGUUGCAAACAACCCAGAUGAUGAUGAUGAUGAUGAUGAACGUACACCAAGACAAUUAAAGAAAAAUUCUGAAGACGAUGAUGAAGGUGAUAUUGCAACAAAUUUUAAAUUUAGGGGUACUUCACCAAAUAUGCCACAAUCUGUUAUUAGAAAUACAAGUCCUGAAGGUUUAAGAAUUAGAUCAAGUGCAAGAUCAAAUAGAGACACAUCUCCAAGAAAUUCAUUUGAUAGUUCAUCUACUGGUACUUUACAUCAUGGUCAUUCAAAUUCCCAACAAAAUGGUAUUGAUUCAUUAAUUUCACCAAAAGAAGAUGAAUCUGAAAUUAAUCCAAAUAUUUCAAACUCAAGAAAUGGUAGUACAAGUUCAACAGGUAUUUCUGAUUAUAAAAGUGCGUCAUCAACAUCAAUGUCGCCAACUUCAUUACGCUCUUUGAGAAUUGAUACAGAAAAUGAAAUUGUUGAUUUACAACCAUUAUUACAUACUACAACUACAAAUAUUUCAUUAAAUCAACAACAAUCGCAGCAACAAUCAUCAACAUCAUCAUUUAGACCUUAUCCACCAGCAAAAGCACCAUCAGUUUAUGAUCCUUUACAAUCUCGUGAAUCUUUAAAUUUAAUUAAUGAAUCUUCAUCUGUUGAUAUUACUGCAUUAUAUUCAUCAAAUGAACCAGAUAAUAUAUGGCAUCCAUUGAAAAAUGAUUCAAUUCCUAAAAGAAGUUAUACACCAAAUGCAAUAAAUACAAAUGAAAUUAUAAAUAAUUUUAAAGAAAAUUCAAAUCAUAUUCAUCAACCAAGUCUUAAUAGGAAUAUGUCAUUUGGUGUUCAACAAACUACAAUUGCCCCAAUUUUAUCAGCAUUAGAUACUACAAAUGAUUCUCAAUCAAACAAUCCAAGAACUUUACCAAAUUCAGCAACUAGAUCAUCAAUUGAAGAAACAAAUUCACAAUCUGAAGAAUCUUCAUUAAAGAAUAAUACAUCAAGUUCAACUUUAACAAGUGCAAAUCUUAAUGAAGAAUUAAUCAAUAAACAGAUAAAUAAUCAUGAACAUCGUUUAGAUUUUGAUGAUAAUGAUAAUGAACAAGUUUCAUCUAGUUGA